AUGUACCUGCAGGUAAUUGAGUCUCUGGGCAUCAUGAUCUACAAGGCUCUGGACUAUGGGCUGAAAGAGAAUGAAGAGAGGGAGCUCAGUCCUCCUCUGGAGCAGCUCAUUGACAUGAUGACCAACAUAGCUGAGGAUGAAAGGGACGCCUGCCCCGAUGAAGGCUAUGAGGCAACUGAGGAAGAAGACGACGACCCUGACAACAUUUCUAGUGGUCAUUGCUACAAAAAUAUCCUAAAGUUGUGCACGGAUCACCUACCCAGUCAGUCAGAUGCAGCUAGUCACUACCAGGCAGUAUGCCGGGCUUUAUACACCGAGACCAGGGAACUGCGGACAUUCCUGGACAAGAUCAAGAGUGCCAAAGAGAAUCUUCGUAAGAUGGAAGAGUCAUCAGAAGAUCCCAGAAAAGACCUGGAUGAGUUACAAAAUGCUGAUUGGGCUCGAUUCUGGGUUCAGGUGAUGAGAGACCUUCGAGAAGGAGUCAAGCUGAAAAAGGUACAGGAACGUCAGUAUGACCCGCUGCCCACUGAGUACCAGCUUACACCAUACGAAAUGCUCAUGGACGACAUCAGGUCCAAACGCUACAAACUACGCAAAGUCAUGGUUAAUGGAGACAUCCCACCCAGACUCAAGAAGAGUGCUCAUGAAGCCAUACUGGAGUUUAUUAGAUCCAGACCACCCCUCAACCCGGUCUCUGCACGUAAACUAAAGCCACCGACUCAGCCUCCUCCAACCCUGCAUGAGAGGAUCCUUGAGGGAAUUAAAUCUGAGAGGAAACUCCGACCCGUGACUCCAGAUAUGGUCCGCAGGGGACGGCUGGAAUAUACUCUCCCAGAGUCUACUGAACAUUUGAUCUCUGCCUCAAUAUUUAGUGGAGGAAAGACGUCCAGCACUCUGUCUUUGAACAUUGAAGCGGUACCUCCUAUAUCAGAACCCUGUGGAUCUCAGUCUGUUCCCCAGAAGAAGAAGCUUCUGAAGGCUCCGAGCCUGGCCGAACUUGACACCUCCGACUCUGACGAUGAGUUUUUAGGGCACAAAUCCACAAGUACGUCAAGUGUUGCAACAUCUUUAAUGGAUGACACUUCUCCAGAGGCAGCACUGGGAAAGAAAACUCCACCACAGUUCCUGCCUAUCUCAUCUACACCACAGCCAGAGAGGCGGCAGACCCCACAGAGGAGACACUCCAUCGAGAAGGAAAAGCCAACCAAUGUUCGACUGUUUCAGCCUCCGUUGAAACAGAAUUCUAAAUCCCUGGAGGAGUUUUGUUUCCCUGUAGAGUGUCUGUCUCUGACAGUUGAGGAGGUGAUGCACAUCAGACAGGUGUUGGUAAAAGCAGAGCUUGAGAAAUUUCAACAGUAUAAAGAAGUCUACACUGCAAUGAAGAAAGGGAAGCUUUGCUUCUGUUGUCGGACCAAAAGAUUUUCUUUUUUCACCUGGUCCUACAUCUGCCAAUUUUGCAAAAAGCCUGUGUGUUCACAGUGUUGCAAAAAGAUGAGAUUGCCAUCCAAACCUUAUUCCAGUCUUCCCAUCUACUCCAUUGGUUCGACUAACACACUACCACGGGAGAGGAUAACAGUCAAAUCUGACAAGGCCUCCAGUGGUCAUAGACGGCCGAGCAUCCACAAGACCAUGUCGAAGCUAUCCAAACACGGCUCCCUGAAGUCUCACGAAGAGCUUGAGCUACCAUCAGAGCUGACUGAAGACUGGGCCACCAUGGAGGUGUGUGUUGACUGCAAGAAGUUCAUCACUGACAUCAUCGCCUCCAGCAAGCACAGCCUGUCCCUGGCCACCAAAAGAGCGCGCUUAAAACGCAAAACGCAGUCCCUGUACGCAUCUUCACCGAAAGGAAGGGAGGAGUACCGACCCUCUGAGCGAACCAUCAGCGAGAUCUGA